CUCAGCCUCCGCCAUGGCAAAUGGCAGUGGCGCCAGGUCGUCGGGAACCGCAGCGGCAAAUUUGAAUGCGGUGAGGGAAACCAUGGACGUUCUGCUUGAGAUUUCAAGAAUUUUGAAUACUGGCUUAGAUAUGGAAACACUGUCUAUUUGUGUAUGGCUUUGUGAACAAGGAAUUAACCCAGAAGCUUUAUCAUCUGUUAUUAAGGAACUCCGCAAGGCUACUAAAGCACUAAAGGCUGCUGAAAAUAUGACAAGCUGACUUUCUGGAGAGAUCCUGAGGAGAUAUGUCAAAUUCCUCAAGAGAAUUUGAAGAUUGCAUUUUAGUCAAGAAUGUACAGUGAAAUUACUGCAUGCAGCAGUGUAGAAAAAUUUUCCUUUUUUAAAAAAGAAUUAUAAAACCAUAGCUUUAUAAAUCAGUGGAAAGUGACUCACAGAGAGAACUAUCAAAUGUGUUUGCAUUGCAUCUUUUUUUUUAAUGGCCCUAAUGCUUUGGCAUUGCUAUGUUUAUAUUUAUGUAUUCCUUAUUAUAGCUCUGAUAGCUUUAAUUUUCUAAGUAGUCUAUCAGAUGUGCACAUCUGCUGUGCCUGCUGGAAGUAUAGUGGAACCCAUUAGUAUUGAUGUGUCAUAUUUAUGACUUGUUGACAUUUCUAUUAUAAACUUUAAUUUUGAAUUGUUUAUGCAUAAUAACUGUUGAUUUAUGUUGUAUCAGGCUAAAAGUUGUCAAGAUUUUAGCCACCAUGUAAGAAUUUAUAUUUAAAUUCCACAUGUAUACCAGAAUCUUGUUUUUUAAAAUGAGAACAUAGAAAACAUUUCUUGUAAUCUUCUCUUUAACAAAGAAUAUUUAGUUUUUUAAACAGUUUUUGGGUAGUUAAUAGUGUGAACUAGAUCAUUUUGUAUUGAUUGAAAAAUAAAACUUCUAGAAACUUAGAUUUUAAAAGUAAUAACAGUGCUUAGCUUAGUAUUGUUUGUAGUUUGAGUCAUUUACAUCGAAUAAUAUUAGUUGAGAAUGUUUUUCUAAGUUUUAUAUUCUAUAAAGGCCUAAAAAUAAUGUAUAAAGUGAAACAUAGCCAAUACAAAAUUCCUUUUUACUUUUAUUACAUAAAAGUAAUUAGAAUUCUUAUCUAAUAAAUAUGAUGUAGAUAUAUAAUAAAUCACUAGAUAGUGUUUCAAUGAAUAUGUAAUAUUUUCUGAAGACAUAAGGAUUUCUAGUCAUUAAACAAAAACUAAUA